CGGUCACGUGGUGUAACAUUUGCGCCCAAAUUCGAAAAAAACUGUCAUUUUCUUAGGAUUUCUCAAUCUGCAACUCAAAAGACAAAUUCGAAAACUAUGAACUGUGUGUGGAUUGGCCUACGUAGUACUAUUUUGAGUUAAUUCAUGCAUAUGGCCAUAGUUCCACUUUCUUUACCCAUCAUUUACCAGUGGAAGAUGUGGAAGCAGUAGUCUUAGUAAAAUAUAGGAGAAAUAUUUGGAGAUUUGAAAACAGCUCAGCAAUAUAUAAGCAAGUUUCCCUUUGAAAGCGUAGUGCUAAAGGUAUGCGACAACAAUUCAGAAAACCAACCGACUACACAUAUUUCUGCAAAUUCCUUAGAAGAAAUUAGUGAAACAGAAAGAAGCACUGGAAGUACCAGUCACACAGUGCCUGAAGAGAUGUCUGUGGGCCACAGGACCUCAAUUUCAGAGGAAUCUUCAGAGUGGGGGGCAUCUCACACAGGCAUCCAAGAGUCUUCUACUACAAUUUCUUCGUCUUUAACCCACAGCAGACCUCGGGCAGUGCAACCCGAGCAGACAAGUCAGUGGGACUUGCAUGAGCACUCCCCUGACACCUCACAUAGCCCAGCUAUGGUUGCAUCUGAUCAAGGUCCUUCCAACUAUCCAUCAGUGUCCUCAGCUCAGUCUACAGAUACUUUACUAGGCACAUCAUCAUCAAUGCCAGACCAGACUAGACAAAAUGCAUUACCAAAUGAUGCUUCUUCCCCCGAGCAAUCAUCCAAAAAUAAAAGUCUGAGGCGCUCUAAGCGGAAGGUUGCUCGUAGAAGCAGUAAGUCUGAGGGAGAUCAAAAUGCUGUUGAGAAGCUUUCUAAAGCAACUAACAGAAAAGUCAAAGGUCCUCUAGGAAGAUCUCAGGUAGCGCCUGCGAAAGAUGAAAGAAGUGUAGGACAAUGGGACGAAAGAGUUAUGGGAGAAAGCGAGAAACCAGUUCUAAGUAAUGAUGUACAGCAGAAUUUGGAGGGUCAAAUACAAACCGAAGGGAAUGAAAGUGUAUCAGCCAAAGGUCAAAUAUCAACUGUAAAAAGAAAGAGAAAACCUAAAGAAAAAAACAUUAAGCUCAGUAAAGAAGGUGAAAGAGCAGUUAAAGUAUCUCUGAGGGAAGAUGAAAGAUCAGCAAAUGCAGAAAGUAAGAGAACAACCUUUGGAGAGAAAAAAACAACCCAAAACAAGAGAGCAGUCAAACCAGAGAAUAUUGUGGAAAGAGAGGAACAUAUCACAAUGGGAAACUUUGAGAGAAUAUCUGCAGAUGUCAGGAGAAACUUUGGGUAUGAUCCACCGAUACAGACCAGUUGCCAUCCCAGAAACUGCAGCGCUGAUGAAGGCGGAGGCAGUGAAGAGGGUAUAUCACUCAGAGCAAUGGCGUCUGGAGCUGAGUCACUGCAAUGCUCAGACAAAACACUGAACUUUAAUCACAGAAGAAACCAGUUACAACUGCACGUCUCUAACACUGAGACAAUAAGCUCUGAGGACAAAGGCAAACGUGGACCACAUGAUUUGAUCCAGCGCUGUCACACGGAAAUGCAACAGAACAGAGCACGCGAACUUGGAACAUCACAGCAUGGAUCUUACUCACAACCGCCUGGUGGAAUUCGCAGUGAAGUAUAUCAACACAAGGACGGAAGGGCUUUUCAGAUUGCCGAAAGUGAAAGAGAAAUUCUAGAAAACAAAAUCGAGUCUAGAAGCGCUGGAAUGCAUCACACUACUAUCAGCCCCUACCAGGAAAGAAAGUCUCACAGGCAACAAAACCCAAACUGUUCAGAGAAAGAAACUGAUAUGCAACAAAAGGACUAUAGCAAUUAUAACGUGGGGCAGCGCCACAGCAGGACAAAUGGCGGCACUCAGGUAAAGAGGAAACCACUUGGUGUGUUCAACCACAAAACAUCACAGUACAAAACUGAUCUAAGAAAAAGCUACUACAAUAAUGGUUUUUUGCAGUAUUAUUUGGCCAGAGACCAUCAGCAGCUAACCAGAGACAGCCUUAGAACACUUCAACUUGAACAGGAGAAUUCAAGACUCAGAAAAGAGGUUGCUUCUUUACGAGCAAAACUAGGCGAAAUAUCAGAUGCUGUUCAGAGAGCCAGUGACGCUGGUCCUCCUGAAGCAUAUACAGAAGAUUCAGAUGAAUGUGAAGAAGAAGAAGAAGAGGAGGAGGAGGAGGAUUCUCCUGUUGAAGAUGAUGGCGAAGAAUAUUACAGUUAUGAUGACGCUAGGUUCCCUGGCAUUGAAGGAGAAAAUGAACACCUGUUCAGACUGUAUGAAGCUUUUGUCCAAAAUGGUGGCAGUAGAGGUCAAAAUGGUGGAAGUAGAGGUCAAAAUGGUGGCAGUAGAGGUUCCAAUAUGCGACAACCUUUGCAAAGUAUCAGAGGCAAAUCCUGUCCAAGAAAAACUGCAGGCUCGAUUACCAAACGCUACAGAAAAAACGCUGGUGCCAGAUUUCCAGGGACACCCUUUCGAAAAACAGGCAAUCAUCCAAAUAUGAGGUCACUGAAGACCAACUUCUUUGAAUGAGAAGUUCCUUUCUGAGCAUUUUUCCACCGAGAAAACUAACUGGUUUUUUUUUUCUUAGGUUAAUUGUUUUAAGUGUGUUGUUUUAGUUCCAUUUUGAAGAUAAUGUUCACUAUCUAUUAGACUAAUUCUAGCUGAAAAUGCACAUGGCCAUGUGCAUUCGAAGUAUCAGAAAUAGUUUGUGAGGGAGUUUUAUUGAACAUUUAGC